UUAUGCUUUUUGUUAUUGAAGCCAAUUGUUCACUUCCUCUGCAGCCAGAAUUGCUUAAAGUCAAUAUGAAGUUAAUUAUUCUGUUCUUUGUAAUGGUAAUUGGUUACUCCAGAGCUGCAUUCACUCUAAAAGAUUGCGAACCUCCUACCUUACCCGGAAGAUGCAAGGCGCAUAUGAGAAUUUUCUACUGGAAUGGUAGUGCAUGUACCAAAGGAAUGUACGGAGGCUGUGGAAGCAGACAGAAAAUUUUUCUAACGAAAAUUGAUUGUUUGAGAAUAGCAAAACCUAUAUGUUCUACGGAAACAAAAGGAGGAAAUAUGUUUGAUAAACUCAAGAAGAAGCUUCAAUAAAAGGGAAAUGAAAAAUAUGUCUCUCAAAUAAAUAUUUACACAAAAUUG